UUGUUUUUAACUGUCCUACCUUCUUCAAACUGUUUAAGUGAUGUUUAACCCACGCAAACAGCUUCCAAGAUCGUCAUAAACCCGUGCCAGACCUUUGGCCCCACGCGCUGGAUCAGUGCAGUGCUGCAGCCUGACACCUGACCAUCGCUCACUGUGGCGCACACUUCUGGAGAGGAGAGCCACUGCGCAGACUGAGGUUUGAAAACAUGCCGCGGACACAGACACACCGCGUCUCACUUUUGGACAAAGGAUUUAUCAAAAGUUUGGUUUGACGCGUUUGGAGUUCGCAGUUUUGGUGAAGGAGUCCCGUGCGUAAUCUGUGCGUAAUUUGUGCGUAAUUUGUGCGCUUUAUGUGAGGAUAUCCAGAUGACAAGACCUGCAUGUGGCGGGUUGCCCUCAGCAUCUACCGGGGAUUUUAAGGCGGAAUAUGGCGAAAAGAAUGAAAUGUGCUCAUGUUUUGCUUUGUACUUUCUUUCUAACACUUUUCUGGAACGCCAAAGGACAAGGGACUUUUAAUGGAGCGAUAGGUUUCAGUUUGAACCCUCCGUAUUUUAACCUCGCAGAAGGAGCUCGUAUCUCUGCCACUGCGACCUGCGGAGAGGAUGAAGCAGGGAGACCAAGACAGGAUUUGUACUGUAAACUGGUUGGUGGACCUACAACAGCAGUUUUCACCCAGAAUAUACAGGGCCAGUUCUGUGAUUACUGUAACUCCAAUGACCCAAACAAAGCUCAUCCGGCCUCGAACGCCAUCGACGGGACAGAGAGGUGGUGGCAGAGUCCUCCUUUAUCCCGAGGCCUGACCUACAACGAGGUCAACGUCACCCUGGAUCUUGGACAGCUCUUUCAUGUUGCGUACGUCCUCAUCAAGUUUGCCAAUUCCCCACGGCCGGACCUUUGGGUUCUGGAGCGCUCCGUGGACAGUGGGAGAACCUAUAGUCCCUGGCAGUAUUUUGCACAUUCAAAACGCGAGUGUAUCGAACGAUUUGGAAAACAACCCAACGCCCGAAUAGUAAGAGAUGACGAUCAGAUCUGCACCACCGAAUACUCCCGGAUUGUGCCUCUGGAGAAUGGAGAAAUUGUGGUGUCUCUAAUCAAUAGUCGUCCCGGAGCUCAAAACUUCACGUAUUCCCCGGUGCUCCGAGACUUCACCAAGGCCACAAACAUAAGACUGCGUUUAAUCCAGACAAGUACUCUGCUGGGCCACCUCAUCUCCAAAGCACAGAGGGACCCCACUGUCACACGCAGGUAUUUCUACAGUAUCAAAGACAUUAGCGUCGGAGGACGCUGUGUCUGUCACGGACAUGCACAAGUCUGUGGAGGGAAUCGUCAUCAGGAGAACCCCAACAGGCUGCAGUGCGAGUGCCAGCACAACACCUGUGGAGAGUCAUGUGACCGCUGCUGCCCGGGUUUUAACCAGAAGCCGUGGCGAGCUGCAACCGUUCACAGCCCCAACGAGUGUCAGCCCUGCCAGUGUUUCUCCCAUGCCUUUGACUGCUAUUACGACCCCGAGGUGGAGCGGAGGGGAGCAAGUUUAGACAUCUUCGGCAGGUACGACGGUGGAGGAGUGUGCAUCGGCUGCCAGCACAACACUGCUGGAGUGAACUGUGAGCGCUGUAUCGACGGCUUCUACAGACCUUAUGGAGUCCCACCAGAGUCUCCCACCGGCUGCAUACGUUGCCGAUGUAAUGAGCAGACUACAGCUGGAUGUGAGAUGGGAUCUGGGAGGUGCCUCUGCAAGCCACAGUUUACAGGAGACAACUGUGAUCGCUGCGCUGAUGGCUACUAUUACUACCCACAAUGCAUCAAAUACCCAGUUUAUCAGACAACCACCAAGUCCUCCGCUGGUACUAUUGUGGUCCCUACUUGCCCGCCGGGAUACUAUGACCCACCCAGAUGUCAGCAGUGCCUGUGCGACUAUAGAGGGACAGUCCGGGAGCUGUGCGAUGCAUUCGGGCGCUGCCUGUGUCGUCGUGGUGUGGAGGGGGAGGCAUGUGAGCGCUGCCAGCCUGGAUACCACUCAUUUCCAAACUGCCAGGCUUGUGAUUGCGAUGGCGCUGGUGUAGCUGACAUCACAUGUGCUCCAAAUGGACAGUGUAUUUGUCUCCCCAACUAUGUCGGCCAGAACUGUGAUGAAUGUGCUCCCGGUUUCUAUGGAUACCCAGACUGCGCUGCCUGUCAGUGCUCUGCGGAGGGCUCGUAUGGGACCACAUGUAACUCUCUGUCGGGCCAGUGCCUUUGUCUGCCUGGUGUGGUGGGCCAACAGUGUGAUCGAUGUGCUUCUGGAGUCCUGAGCUUUCCCCAAUGCUCUGCACACAUCAGCACCUGUAACCCCGCAGGAUCUGAAAUCGCUGAUAUUCAAACGGGUGUGUGCCGCUGCCGUCCAAAUGUGGAAGGAACCCUCUGUGAUAAGUGUAAACCCCUCUACUGGAAUCUGGCCUCAAACCACCCCCGGGGCUGUAUAGAGUGUCGAUGUGACGUGAAAGGAACCAUAAGUGGGAUUGGAGAGUGUGACCAGAAAACUGGACAAUGCCACUGUAAACCCAAUUCUUGUGGUCACGGAUGCGACACGUGCAAGGAUGGAUAUUUCUUUCUUCGAAAACGCAAUUACUUUGGCUGUGAAGGUUGUCAGUGUGAUGUGGGCGGAGCCAUUGAUUCAGCCUGUGAUGACGUGUCCGGACAGUGCCAGUGCCGCCAGAACAUAGUCGGCCUUAAAUGCACUGCGCCCGCACCCAACUACUAUCUCCCCUCACUGCACCAUCUCAAGUUUGAGCUGGAAGAUGGCACCACUCCAAAUGCCAGACCGGUGCGAUUUGGUUACGACCCAGAGGUGUUUCCAGAUUAUAGCUGGAGAGGUUAUGCUUCCAUGUCGCCUGCACAGAAUGAAGUCAAAGUAAGUGUGCAUGUUGACCCCAGAGAUGAGAGUCCGCAGUUUUUCCGUGUGGUUUUACGAUUCAUUAACCCAAGCAGCUCCGCAGUAGCCGGACGCAUUAGAGUUACUAAUACAAGGGGCGCUGCAGGGUCAGAACAGAGCAAGGAAGUGGUGUUUCCCAGGAGUCGGUCUCCAUCUUUCCUCACCGUCCCAGGAGAGGGCUUCGCGGAGCCCUUUGCCCUCACCACGGGGAAAUGGUUCAUCCACAUAAGAGCCGAGGGAGUUCUGCUGGAUUAUCUUGUAUUGCUGCCCCGUGAUUAUUACGAAGCCCCUCUGCUUAAGGAAAAGGUCACCACGCCGUGCACAUACCAACUCACUGCUGAUAGGGACACAAACUGUUUACUCUACAAGCACCUGUCCCUGGAUGCAUUCGCCUCAGUCCUGGGUACACGGGGAGUUCUGUCGAGUCGCAGCGGGCGCAAGAGGAGGCAGACCAAAGUACGACGUCCCACAGCAGAUCACCCGGAGAUGGCUGUGCUCAAUGGGAGGCAGUCUCAGCUGCAGCUCACCCUGCGAGUGCCUCAGCCCGGUGCCUACGCGCUCGUCCUGGAGUAUGCCAGUGAAGUGGACACUUUGCAGAACGUAAACAUGCUCAUUAGCGGACAGACUGGCACUCAGAUUCUGGCAAGAGCUAACGUGUACAGCUGCGCUUUCAGCUUCUUGUGCCGGAGCGUAGCGGUGGACAGCAGUAACAGGGUGGCGAUGUUGCAGUUAACCCAUAAAACAGGACUCCUGCUUCAGACGUCUACUACGACAUUUAUGUUGUACAAGGUGUAUGUGAUCCCUGCAGAGGAGUUUUCAGUGGAGUACAUCGAACCAAAAGUACUGUGUGUUUCAACUCACGGACGCUUCACUGAAGACAGUCGGUAUUGUAUUCAGAGCCAGUUUGACAUCCCUGCGCCCCCUUACACUCUGUCUGCGGCCCGGGACGGUCAGCUGUCCUCCAGCCCAGCGUCUGACCGUCAGCACAGAGAGAGUGAGGAGUGGAGACGCCGCAGACAGACCGGUGUAUUUCCAAUUCGUGAAGCUCCGAGUGACGGCGUUCUGCUCAAAUUCCCCCAGACGGAAAUCACUUUCUCUCCUCGGGUGCCCCUCCCAGGCAGGUAUGUGGUUGUGGUCCAUUACCACCAGCCCGAGCACAUCAGUUUCCCUGUGGAGGUGCGAGUGGAGGCGGGGCGUGACUGGACUGGGUCAGUGAAUGCAUCGUUCUGCCCUGCGGUGUCGGGCUGCAGAGAGGUAGUGAUCUUCGACGGGCGCAUUGCACUUGAUUUUACUCCAGAUUCCUGGCGACAACCCAGCAUCUCCCUCAUCAUUCCACCGAGCAAGACCCUGUUUGUGGACUAUAUAUUGCUGGUUCCUGACAGCAGUUACACCCCAGAUGCCCUGAGAGCUCAGCCACAGCAUAAAUCAGCAGAUUUCAUUCAGCGGUGUCGAGGAGAAGGCUUCUAUAUCGACCCAGUCAGCUCCUCACAGUUCUGCAGACACGCCGCACGCUCUCUCGUAGCUGCUUACAACAACGGCGCUCUGCCCUGUGACUGUGACAAGGCUGGCUCUACUUCUUCUACCUGUGACCCAAUGGGAGGACAGUGCCCCUGCAGGCAGUUUGUGAUCGGGCGCCAGUGCAAUAAAUGUGCCACCGGAUUCUACGGCUUUCCCUACUGCAGACGUUGUGAAUGUGGUCGUCGGCUGUGUGAUGAGGUUACCGGGCGCUGUAUUUGCCCCCCUCAGACUGUCAGACCGUCCUGUGAUGCGUGUCAGAAUCAGACCUACAGCUACCACCCCCUGCUGGGCUGUGACGACUGUGAGUGCUCCCCCACCGGCAUCGUCUCCACCACGAAGCCCGACUGUGACCGCAUCACCGGACAAUGCAGUUGUAAGCCCAGGAUUGGAGGGCGUCAGUGCGAUCGCUGUGCUGCUGGUUACUAUGGAUUCCCACAAUGUGCUCGCUGCAGCUGUGAACAAGGAGGUGUCACCAGCGACGUGUGUGAUCCUGACACCGGCGCAUGUCUCUGCAAGAGAAACGUGGUUGGGGUCAGAUGUGACAGAUGUCGAGGAGGCUCUUUCCACUUUGACCCUCUCAACCCUGUGGGCUGCACCAGCUGUUUCUGCUUUGGAGCUACAGACCAGUGUGAGAGCUCCACCAAACGCAGGGGAAAGUUUGUGGAGAUGCGUGGCUGGCGAUUGGAAAGUCCAGACCAGAAGGAGGUUCCGUCGGUGCUGAACUCGGCCAGUGGGACGGUGGUGGCAGACGUCCAGGAGCUGAGUCCUACCGUCUGGGUGCUGUACUGGGCGGCACCGCGCUCCUACCUGGGAAACAGGGUCUCCUCUUAUGGCGGGUUCUUGACUUACCAGACAAAGUCUUUUGGCAUUCCCAGUGAGGGAAUGACUUUGAUCGACAGAAGACCAGAUGUCCUCCUCACUAGCCAAAGUAUGACUCUCAUUCAUGUGGCUCCCCAACUCCCAAAUCCAGACCGGAUCUACCACGGACGAGUGCAGCUUGUGGAGGGAAACUGGCGUCAUGCAGGCAACAACAGGCCGGUGUCUAGACAGGAGCUGAUGAUGGUACUGGCCAGUCUGGUGGGCCUCAGGAUCAGAGCUCUGUACUUCACCCAGACCCAGCGCCUGAGUCUGGGGGACGUGGGGCUGGAGGAGGCGUCUGACAGUGGGACAGGGAGCCCAGGAAACACUGUGGAGAAGUGCUCCUGCCCUCCUGAGUACUCCGGGGACUCCUGCGAGAAAUGUGCCCCCGGUUUCUUCAGAGAUGGCAGUGGACCGUACCUGGGCCAGUGCGUUCCAUGCAGCUGUAACGGCUUAGCCACCGAGUGUGAGGACAAAACAGGGAGGUGCCUGAACUGUCAAUACAACACAGCUGGAGACAGAUGUGAACACUGCAAAGAAGGUUAUUAUGGAAACCCGACUCAACGAACAUGCACCGUUUGCCCUUGCCCCUUUAGCGUAUCCACCAACAGUUUCGCCAUGGGCUGUCAGGAGGUCAGCAGUGGGAUCAGGUGCCUGUGUAAACUUGGUUACACGGGGGAAAGAUGCGAGAGAUGUUCUCCUGGUUUCUAUGGCGACCCGAUGUCUCCUGGGGGAAGCUGUCGGCCCUGCAACUGCAACGGCAACGGGAACAACUGUGACCCCAGGACAGGAAUUUGUAAGAAUACGCUGGAGCCAGGAGAUACCAACACAGAUGACGAGUGCAAAGAGUGUGACAACUGUGCUCUGACUUUACUGAACGAUUUGGAAAAGCUGGACGCCGAACUGCAGAGAAUCAAAACCUUGUUGGAAAAUGCGAGUGCGAGUUCAUCUGCCAACGAGCGGCUGAAAAAGCUCGAGAAGGCCAUCGCAGACACUAAGGCUCUAGUGAACAAAUACAGCAGCUCAGUAAACAACCAAAAGUCCAGAAUCUCCCAGCUGGAGGACGACAUAAACACUCUGGAAGACGACAUCGGGCUCCUUAAAGACAAGGCAAGAGACACGUCAUCAGCCACAGACAAAGCGAUCGUGGAAAUCGACAAUACACACAAAAGAGCAAAGACCCUGGACACAGACAUCAAAAAUAUGCUUAAGAAAAUUCAAGCCCUGCUUGACCAGCUGCGGGAAAUGGGAACAAGUGGCGAUCGCCCAUCAAAUGAAAACCUUGCCAAGUUAUUAGAAGCAGCAGAACGUAUGGUGAAGGAGAUGGGACAGAGGGACUUCACUCCUCAGAAAACAGCGGCUGAGACUGAAAGAGAGGAGGCCAGAAAACUGCUGGACUACAUCAAGAACAAUGUGAGCGAUCGGUGUGACCAGAACGAGGCGACUGCAAAGAAACUCAAGUCGCAGCUAAAUAACUUCAUGGAGAAACUCAAAGACCUGGACGAUGCUCUGAAACAGGCCGAAGACCGAGUGAAACAAGCCACAUCCCAAAAUGACCUCAGCGCUAAAGAACUGGAUGAACUGAAGAAACGCAUCGAGGCUUUGAAAAAGGAGAAGAAGACUGUACAAGGUCAAAUGGACAUGGCCGAAAAUGAGCUACAAAAGACUGAGGAUAUGGUGAAGAUGUUAACGGACAGCAAAAUGGAGUACGAACAGUUAGCUGCACAACUCGAUGGUGCUAAAACUGACCUGACCAAGAAAGUGAACGAUCUCACCAAAGCCGCAGCCAAAGAAGACAUUGUGAUCAAAGCAGAAGAACAUGCAAAAAACCUCUCCAGGAUGGCAAAAGAGCUGGAGGAUGCAGUGAAGAACGCCAGUGACAGGACUGAAGUGCGCAAUGCCAAAGAUGCUAUCGACGCAUACAAGAACAUCACAGAGGCCAUCAAAGCUGCAGAGGCCGCGGCUAACGAGGCUAAAGACGCAGCGGAAAAUGCACUGAAUAACGUGAAGGGUCAGCAGCUAACAGAAAGAGCAAAGGACCUUAAAGACUCGAGUAAAGACCUUUUGGCUAAUGCGGAGGAUGCUGAAGACAAACUGAAAGAUUCGGUUGACGACAUCGCUGCUCUGAAGGAACGUCUGAAUCAGGCUGAGAAAAAAAAGAAAGCUCUUCAAAAAGAUCUUCUCGAAGCUCAAAACGGUUUAAAGGACAUCAACAGAGAUGAGAUCGCUAAAAUGCUGGAAGAAGCAAAGAGGAAAGCUGCAUCGGCCAAUGACACGGCCAAAAGCACACUGGAUAGAGUGGACGAGAUCCAAAAGGAGCUGGACAAGAUCAACAUCUCCCCUGUGGACUCCAACACCAGCGGGCUCCUGGACGAUGUCGACCAGUCAGUGAAGAAGUUGUUAAAUACGAUCCCAACGCUCACCGAUAAAAUCUCAGAAGUGGAAAACCUCACGAUGGACCUGUCUCCGCUCAGCAACAUCACGGAGAACAUCAGGAAAAUCAAAGAUCUCAUUGAACAGGCCCGAGACGCUGCCAACAGGGUUGGUGUUCCCAUGAAGUUCAACGGAGACGGGUACGUGGAGCUGCGAGCGCCGAAGGAUCUGGACGACCUGAGAGCUUACACCUCAGUGUCUCUGCAGCUGCAAAGGCCGGCACGAGGAGGGGACGGCAGCCGCAGACGCAGGCAGAUCAGAGGCAGCGAAGAUAUGUUUGUCAUGUACCUCGGCAGUAGAGAUUCUUCUAAAAACUACAUCGGCAUGGUUUUGAAGGAGAACAUCUUGUAUGGUGUGUACAAACUCAAUGGAGUGGAGUAUCAGAUAAAGUCAGGCUACAUCACCAAGUCCGCACCGGAGCAGUCCAGGUUUGAUCGAGCCAUCCUUCACAGGAUGUACCAGGAUGCAGAGCUGAUCCUCAGAAAAGACUUUGUGGCAACACCACCAGGAAACGUAAUUACAGAGGGCAAAAAGGGAGAAGAGAAGAAGAACCUCCUUGACCUUAGCCCUGAUGACGUGGUUUUCUACGUUGGAGGAUAUCCGUCCAACUUCACUCCACCAGCUUCUCUCAGUUCCCCAAAGUACACAGGCUGCAUUGAAUUUGGCUCCUUCAACGACAAAGCUAUAAGCCUUUAUAAUUUCCAAACUGCAUAUAAUGUUAACCCAACGACGCCAUGCAAACGACAAGUGGUUCCUGAUGAGUCUGAUUUCUUCGAGGGCACCGGAUAUGCCAGAAUGUUCUUAAAUAAAGUAGGAUCUUUCAUCAUCAUCAACUUCUCCGUCUAUAGCCGCUCGGAAAAUGGACUUUUGUUUUACAUCGGGACUGAGGAUAAAUACUUUGCUGUGACGAUUGAAAAGGGUGUUCUGAAGCUGCAAAGUAACUCCCUCAAAGAACCACCAACAUACAGCGACACCAAGAUUUUCCCUAGGGAUGAGUUUGCAGAUGGCGUCAUUGUCUUACAAAGCAAAGGGACCAUCACAGUGCGUCUAGCUACAGAGACUGCGAUCAAGGCUGAGGCCGACUUUACCCUGACAGACUUUACUGAAUAUUACAUUGGUGGUCUCCCACAAGACAUACGAGAAAGACAUAACAUCACAGCGCAGCCGUACAAAGGUUGUGUCAAAAAUCUUAAGCUGGAAAAAACAUACAAACCUAUUGACGAGGCGGUGGGAAUCAGCAAAGGAUGCCCUAAGGAAGCUAUGAUUGUUCGUAAGGCUGAGCUGAACCUGGGCAGCUCGUUGUCAGGUGACCUCGCAGGCUUCACUCUGGACGACGACGUGACCCUCUCCCUCGGAUUCAGAAGCACCGAGAACCAGGGUCUCAUUCUACAAGACAAGAAACUAGCUAAUUGGUUGCAUCUGGCGCUAGAGGACGGCUAUGUCACGCUAACGCUCAACAACAAGAAAUGGCGCUCCAACAAACAGUACAGUGAUGGACAGUGGCAUUACCUGACUGUCACCAGAAGAGGAGAAACAGUCGUGCUGUUUAUCGAUGACGAAGACGAAGGACGGGAGCAGAGUGGCGCAGUGAACAUCGCAGACACAAAUGGUGCAGUGGUCCUGGGUAGAGGAAAGUUCAAAGGCUGCGUUACGAACCUGUACACGAGACGACUAAACAACUUGUACAAAGCUGAAGAUCUGAGCGAGUUCUCAACCAACGGAGAUGUUCUUCUGGAUGUCUGCAGCGCUCAAAGCCCCGCCCAGCUCAUGCUCGAACGCUCGCCGAAUAAAGAGGGCGUGGUGCGCAUGGUGAAUGAGACCGUAUCCACGUGCAGCCUGCCAGCCACCGUCCCGCACGCGUAUCGCCUCGGGGGGCCGGUCAGCAGGCUCUCGUACGGCCUCCCCCUACAGGUGCUGCAGCCCAGACCACACUUCUCUCUGGAUGUAAAGACUCGGUCUCACGAGGGCCUGCUGUUCUUCGCUGGUACCAGAGGGGGGCGCGCUCACCUUGCUCUGUACAUGUCCAAAGGCAGGAUCAGGCUGUCCGUGGGCAAAGAGAAGGAAAUCUUCAACCGUGAGAAGUACAAUGACGGAAAAUGGCACUCAGUCAUGUUUAGUUUGGAGAAGAAGAAGUUCCGGCUGGUUGUGGAUGGCAUCAGGGCUCUGGACGGUCAGCUGACAAGUGCGGAGCUGACGUCUAUGCAGCAGUUUAUGUCUCCUGUUUAUCUGGGCAGUGUACCAGAGUCACUCCAUCAACAGCUAAAGACAAAGGCUCUCCCGAAGCACAGUGUUUCUGGCUGUAUUCGAAACUUCAAAAUGAACGGAGCGUCGAUGACGGAGCCCUCGGGUAACCACGGCGCCGGGCCCUGCUUUGAGGGACAAACCCAGAGGGGGGCGUAUUUCUCAGGGAGCGGUGCUCACGUCAUUGUCAAUGACACGUUCGUCUUGGGCUCCAGUUUUGAGCUGUUGUUAAAUAUCCGGCCGAGGAGUCCCUCUGGGUUACUGCUGUACGCGGGGACUUACAGCCUGACACGAUACGGUCCUGAUAUGGGCCAUUACCUCACUGUCUAUAUGCGCCGAGGAGAGGUUGUGGCGCAAGUAAAUAACGGCAACGGGGAGUUCAUGGUGUCUGUUAAGCCAAAGACGACAUUGUGUGAUGGGAUGUUUCAUAAAAUAUCAGUGAUCAAGAGGAAAAACGUUGUGCAGCUUCAUGUGGAUACAGUGGAUAAUUACAAGAUCGGACCUCCAAUAUCCAUCACACCUUUGACCAAAAACCCUCUGUAUGUGGGCGGCAUUCCUGAGCUGACUAGAAAGCACGUCCUCCCAGUCACUUCCUCGUUCGUGGGCUGCAUCGAUGACGUGACGGUCAACAGUGAGCCGGUUCUCUUUAACAAACUGUCCGCUGUGGUCGGUCCAGUCAACCUCAAAGAGUGCCCCGCAGGAUGAGACAACAGCUCUCCGCUUUUUCCAACACCAAACUUUGGGACCACGCCCAUCACCAAGUGCAAUCUGUUACCAAGAAAGAGAAUGUGUUUGUAUGAGAGGCUGUUCAGGGAGAGGACAUGCGUGUGUGUGGAGACGUGUGAAUGUGGGUGGAUGUUGAAGUUGUUUGCUGCUCUUAAGCUUUGUUUUUCUAUUUAUUUUGUGAUGAAAUUCUAUAUGAGCACUGUGUCGUGUAGCUUAUUACAUGGCAGUGUGACGUACUGGUUCAUUCUCUCUUUUGACAAUCAGUGCUAAAGAAAUGGUUUGUUAAUUGUCAGGGCGAAGUAGCACUUUAAAAAACAUACCCUUUCAGAUGGUGCUUUAUGGAGUUCUACAUUCAUGAUAUAGAGUUCUGUGUUUGAGUUUGGAGUAAAAAUUGUUACUCCGGUUUACACCAGCAGUGUGUGUUUUAGCAACAUUUGAAGGUUGCCAAGCCACUGGAUCUUCAUGCUACUUGACAACAUUGCAUGUUUUAUAAGUUAUACGCAGUUCUGUGGUGAUUUAUUCAUAUCUGCAUUCCUUAUGUUUUAGCAUUAAGUGCAUGUACAGUAUUUUUACAGAAAACAACCAGAAAUGGGCGUUCUAAAUCUGAGAUCGCAUCCAAAGUUUCCACAGUUUGGUCUUCGGACCAGAGGCAUUUGGGACCACUGAUCCAAUACAUACAUCACUUUCUCCAAUAAAUGUUUACUUAGUCAUGUGAUUGCAUAAUUGGCAAUUGAUUUUAGUUGUAUGUUCAUUCCUGUGUUUCAAACACAUUUAUGUAAAUAAUCUAUCCAGAUAUGGGUCAUUAAAAA